AUGGAUCAAAUCAACGCCCUCAAAGGCUAUGGCAAAGUGACUCACCUCGAACUCGGAGAUCAAAUCCCGCCGCCCUCCAAACCCAACUUCCGAAGCCGCAAGCAGAAGUCUCUCCUGAUCAUCACCGCCGUCGUCCUCUCCACGCUCGUCGUCGGAGCCUACAUCCACAACUCCACCGGUGAUAAAUCAUCCAAAUCGCCCUCCCUCAACUCCAAUUCGGCGGACUCAAUUGUCAAGAUCGUCUGCAACGUGACUCGUUACCCUGACUCGUGCUUCACCUCCAUAAUCUCCCUCAACGGCUCUCCCGAGCCCGAUCCAGAAGUAAUUUUGAAGCUGUCCCUCCAAGUUUCCCUCGACGAACUCUCGAAUCUGUCCGGAUCGCUGAAAAACCUAAGUGCGAACGGAGACGGCGGAGGCGCCUUGAAGGACUGCGAGAGCCAAAUAGAAGACGCAAUUGAGCGAGUGAAUGAGUCGAAGGCGGAAAUGGAAGCGGAUGCCGCCGGAGAGAAGACCCUGACGGAGAGUAAGAUCGGCGAUAUCCAGACGUGGAUGAGUAGCGCGAUGACGGACCAGGAGAGUUGCUUGGACGGGCUGGAGGAGAUGGAUUCGACGUCGUUUCUAGAGGUUAAGACCAGGAUGCGAAAAUCCGUACAAUACGUCAGCAACAGCCUGGCUAUUGUAGCCAAUAUCCACGUCAUUCUUGCCAAAUUGAAUAUGCCACUCCACUAA